UCUGAUCUGGCACCAACCCCCGCGGCUUCGCUCCGUGUCCAUCACCACAAGUCGCUCGCAGCCCCCCACUGCGAGCACCCGACGGGAUUAACGAGGGGGGAGAGGUCCCCUGGGGUCCCCUCGCAUCACCGGGACCCUCGAAAGGCCGAGGGCGAUCGAGGCGAACCGAGGGGUUCACCGAGGGGACCCGGGGGGUUGGGGUCCGUACAAGACCCCGACGCGAUAGGCCUCAUCCUACGGUCUUGCCUGAGCCGCGUGGCCGGGCCGAGGGCGAGGCGGAGCCCGCGCGGGGAGACGCCGCGCGUGGAGGGAGGUUGUGGUCAGAGUCGAUGCAUUUAAGGAUGUUCAGUGGGCAUGGACACUGCCCAUUGCGUGUUUGCAGCAUGAAGACAUCUUCAGCGUUUGAUUUGACUUGGCCUCGUCGCUCAUCCGAACCACGAUCACAACCCACCUCAGCAUUCUCAGGAAUAAUUAGACGUGCCUACGGCUCACAGAGCCCAACAAAGCGCGAUGUUCGGCCUGUCGCACAAGACGGCGUUGGUGCUGGACCACGGCGUGCACAUGGGCGAGUCGUGCAAGCAGAGCGUGGAGCUCGACGUGUUCACCAAGAGCCGCGCCCCGGGGCUCAUCCCACUGGCGCCCGUCUCCAAGUCGCUGUGGACCUGCGCCGUCGAGUCGGCCGUCGAGUACUGCCGCAUCCUCUACGACAUUUUCCCCAGCAGGAAGUUGGUGCGCUUUAUCGUCAGCGACUCGGAGGCGAGGUCACUCAACUCCUGGAACCAGGACGAGCAAAGCCUUCAGCAGAUCUCGGCGUCGCUCGCGAUGGUAGGGCCCCCAGACCCGCGCUCGGAGCCCGAGUACUGCAGCCUACUGCAGGGCGUCAUGGAGGCAGUGGAGGCUCUGUGCCAGUGCUCGGAACUGCAGCAUGAGGCUCGCACCAGCCUCCUCGAGCGCGCUGAGCGGGUCUCCAACCGUGGCCGCAUCCUCGCCAUCACCAGCCUGCGCGGGGACAGCCAUGUGCGCAUGCUGGAGGAGGCGGUGCAGGAGGCAAUCCAGGAGCAUAACAAGCUGGCCGCUGGCUCGGACAGCCUCAUGCCGAUUCAGCAGUGCGAGCUGGUGCUGGUUCACACUCACCCAAUCAGCGACGAGAGCUGCGUGUCCGAGCACCGCAAGCGAGAGCUGUCUCCGAUCCUGUCAAGCGAGGUGUACAGCGUACGUGCCGGGCGCUACCUGCCUGCCAAACUGACAACGCUGGUGCAGCAGCAUUUCAACCUGGCAUCCACCACCAUCACCAAUAUCCCCAUGAAGGAGGAACAGCAUGCCAACACUUCGGCAAACUAUGACGUGGAGUUGCUGCACCAUUGCGACGCGCACGCCGAGCUUUUUAAACUCGGUGAGUGGCGCCCGCACGCCUGCACACGUGACCUGAGCGCGCUGACUCCGGGCAGCAGCGGCGGCAGGGAGGGCGUCACCAAGGAGACUGUGACACUCAAGUGGUGCACACCGCGCACAAACAGCAUCGAGCUUCACUACUGCACCGGGGCAUUCCGCAUUUCGCCUGUGGAUGUCAACAGCCGGCCUUCCUCCUGCCUCACAAACUUCCUCCUCAAUGGCCGCUCCGUGAUGCUGGAGCAGCCACGCAAGUCCGGCACGAAAGUGAUUGGGCACAUGCUGUGCAGCCAUGGCGGGGAGAUCUUCCUGCACGUGCUCAGUAGCUCGCGCUCCACCCUGGAGGACCCCCCCUCCAUCAGCGAGGGCUGCGGUGGCCGCGUCACCGACUACCGCAUCACGGAUUUUGGCGAGUUCAUGAAGGAAAACCGCCUGGCGCCGGUGCCGGGGCCAUUGCCUCGCGCGGGGGAGACCCCUCUGGACCGAGCACGAGCGCAGCUGGAGCGACAUACGCGAUACUGGCCCAUGAUCAUCUCCCAGACCACAAUCUUCAACAUGCAGGCCGUGGUGCCGCUGGCGAACCUGGUGGUACGGGCGUCGCUGAUGGAAGACGACGUGCUCGAGUGCCAGAAAGUUGUUUACCACCUUGUGGAAAUGGAGCGCAAGAGUGACCCACUACCCAUCUCCACGGCCGGGACCCGCGGAAAGGGGCCCAAGCGGGACGAGCAGUACCGGCUGAUGUGGAACGAGUUGGAGACGCUGGUGCGGGCGCACGCGGGGGACUCGCCAGGGCACCAGCGCGUACUCGACUGCCUGCUGGCAUGCCGCAGCAGCAAGCCCACCGAGGAGGACGAACGCAAGAAGGGCAAGCGCAAGAAGGAGGAGCGUGAGGAGCGCGCCGAGCGGAGUGGCCUGCGCGACCCGGACGCCGAGACGGACAGGUUUCGUGAGCGGAGCGGAGACAAGGAGGAAGCAGCGGAACCGGAGCUCAUCAAGGACUCGCCGGACUCUCCUGAGCCGGUCCCCUCCAAGCGACCACGCUUGUCCUCCGACGAGGCAAAGCCUCUUGACAAGGCCCGGGGUCCCGUGUCGCUGCUGAGCAUGUGGACAAGCAGAAUGGACGCGCUGCACGCGAGGAAGCACCAGGAGUUCGCGGGGCGGCUGGUCACUGGUGCUGGUGGACGGGCCGAGCUCUACUGCCACCUCAAGGAGGAUAAUGGCGUGUUUCCCAGCGCCAGCGCGGACGGGAGGGAGACGCCCAAAACGAGCCGACAGUGACGCAGGGAGAAGCUGGGUGAGCGAGGCCAUUGUGGAGCGGAAACUGCGUGCGAUCAAAACCACUGUGGCACUAGCCUGUCUCUUGGCUGCCCUACCACGUGAGAUGACCCUCAAGUGUGUUCUGAGGGGUGUGUGGUGGCUAGUGGUGGAGUCUCAACACUGAUUCGUGAUGUUUGUAGUGCCGAAGGUUGACGUUUCCACCCCCCCAUCGCCGAGUGAAGGAACAGAGCAAGUGACGCGCGUUUCUACAAAUUCGUUACCCGGUGAAGAAAACUUUGUUUUUUUUAAUGUGCUUUCCAUAUAUAUGCUGUAAAAAAUACAAUAAAACGGAUCGUCUUUACAA